AUUCUACGCUUCAGGGUUCAGACUCGAUCGGUUCCCUUAUUUCUUUCUCUAAAAAUGGUGUCAUCACCUGAAACCAUCCACUGCCUCAAGUCCAGCAUGAGGCUGUCUACGGUUGUCCCAGCCACGGUGACCGGCCAAGAGCACAAGGUCCAUGAGCUGACCAACAUGGACUUGGCUAUGAAGCUUCACUACAUCAAAGGGAUCUACUUUUUCAGAAGUGAUGCAGUCGAGGGGCUUACGGUGAAUGACUUAAAGAAGCCUAUGUUCCAACUGCUCCAACUAUACUUCGCCGUCUCUGGGAGGAUCCGGAGAUCCGGAACAGGCCGGCCUUUCAUCGUGUGUAACGACGGCGGUGUAAGAACUGUGGAGGCAUGUUGUGAUGAAACCAUUGAUGAAUGGUUGGCCAUGGCUGUGGAGGAUGAUUCUGUGUUUGAUGGCCUGGCUUAUAAUCAAGCACUUGGUGAUCCUGAUCUUGGUUUCUCUCCUUUGGUCUUUGUACAGUUCACAUGGUUCAAAUGUGGAGGAAUGUCAGUGGGACUUAGCUGGGCAAAUGUUCUUGGAGAUGCAUUUUCAGCCUCUGAAUUCCUCAACCUGUGGGGGAAGAUCAUGGCAGGUCACAUGCCACUCAAGUCUCAGCACAUGCCAGAUCCAGCAAAAUCUGAGUUUCCACUUCUAGUACUUCCCAAGCUAACACCAAAUGCCUUUAAAAGGGUUGAUUCAGUUGGUGAUUCAUGGCUCACACCAAGCAGCUGCAAGAUGAAGACACACACUUUUCAUGUUCCUACAGACAAAGUGGACCAUUUUCUCUCAAACCAAACAGCUAAGGUCUCAACUUUUGAAGUACUUUCUGCAAUCAUAUGGAAAUCCUUGUCCAAGAUUAAGGAAAGCCCAGAACAGUCAAGGAUGGUGACUAUUGUUUAUACAAACAAAUCCCCUAGAGGAAUGAAAUUUCUAAGUAAUGGGAUGGUGUGGAGCACAGUUGAAGCAGAUUUCUUAGUUGCAGAGGCUGAGGUCUCAGAACUGGUGGAGCUGAUUUUGAACAAAAGGGCAGAUGAGAAUGGCAUGAUUAAAGAAAUGAUGGGGAAUAAUGGAAGUGGGGAGUUAUCUUCAGACCUUAUAGCAUAUGGGGCAAACUUGACAUUUGUGAAUUUGGAAGCGGCAGAGAUUUAUGGACUUGAAUUGAAGGGGCAAAAGCCAGUUUAUGCAAAUUAUUCCAUUAAUGGAGUUGGUGAUGAAGGAGUUGUUUUGGUGCUUCCUGCUGGGCCAAAAUAUGGUAAGGAUAGAGAUGAUGUUAAUGGUGAUCGAACUGUCACUGUGGUUUUGCCUGAAAAUCUUCUUGCACAGCUGAAAGUUGAUCUAAAAAAGAAUUGGAAUAUUGCUUGAAAUCGAAUUGCUUUAGUAAUAUGAUACUAAAGAUUCGUCAAGUAUGGGGCUAUGGGCUAGUAUGAAAUUUGUAUGACCUAAUAAAAAUCCAAAUAAUACUCGAUAGCUAUAAGUGUGUUUUUUCUUCUUCUUUGAAUGGGAAGAUGAGUGAUCAUAUAUAUCUAUUCAAUCAUCUACCCAUUCAACCAAAUAAUACUCGCUAUGAAUAAUACUGAUUGCUGGU